AUGGUACAUACUCGUCGAUCGACAAAAGAUAUCCUUUUUGGACCGCUGCCUCCUCCGACUCAACGCCGCAAACCGGUUUCUAUCCUCGACCGCCGAAGGAAACUAGACUUCCGUCGACUUUCAAAACUUCCUCCACUUCCACCAUCGCCUCCCCCGACCCCGCCACAUCACACCCCCACAGACAAUCACCAAACUGAACAAUUCGGCUUACUCAUUGAGGGACUAAACAAUUUCAGUAUAUCGGAUAUCAACCCGAAUACAUCCAACCUUACUGGGAACGAACUUUCCAAUUCUGCACCCAUCAACAAUCAACCACCUUCUCCUUUCCUAUCUCCACUAUCUUAUAUUUUUUCUCAAUAUCUCACUCGACAACCCCCGACGACUCAUCUUCCUAUUCGACAAACAUCCCCAUUCGACCAACCUCAUCCAAUGUCAACAUCGACGGCAUCCGAGAUCACCCCCAGAGCUAAAUUUCUUCAACAACCAAGUGUCUACAAAUCAGAUGUGGAACCACUUGCUGCCGACGGUUCCAACUUUGACAAAUGGAAACGAGGCCUCACUCGAAUCAUUCUUCUCACUCUUGGACACGCCAACUUCUUCGACAAAUCGGAGAACUACUCCAAACUUUCAGACCAGGAGAAUACCUGCCUUCUUUUCCUCAUCCAAAUCACAAUCUACGACGAACUUGCAUCCCUCGUCGAUCAAUACACCAAGGGCACCGAAGCCUACGAUGCUAUACAGACCUGUAGGGAGUGUGCAAACUCCACAUUUGGAGCUUCAGGGGUAGAAGAGGAGGACACGGAGGAGCAAUGA